AAAAGAGGGUCCAUUUCCUUCAUGAAAAGAGCUGUGUGUACCUACCUGUGUUCAUGCUGGCUCUCUGCGAGGGUCUCUUUGAAUAUGAUCCUGCUACCGUUCAUUUUUUAUUUUUCCCUGGCCUCCGCAUUCCUUUCCUGGUAUUUUCAACUCGCCCGCUAAUUUACUUUUUGCAUUUUGCAUUAAUUUGUGCCUUGCCCUGCCCUGCCCUGACAAUGACCAACUUCGUUCUUACAUUUCGUUGUUCCUUCUAUUCACAACCGCCACGUCCUUGUCUAUUCACCCCCCUCCCUUCUUUUCUUUUGACUUUCUGACGUCUAGAAUCCGUCACACCCCCGACUCUACUGGCACAUCUGCGCCUGCUGCGUCUGGUACAGAGCCUUGUGAUCGUAGAUGACGAGGACCUAGACUUUUUGUUCCUGAUCCGAUCGGAGGAGCGGUACCUGAUGUACUUGGAUCUACUGCAGCAGCUAGAGCCUUCAACGGAUGCGAUUCCGUUGCCGCCGUUAGGUAAGUUUGUAUUUGGGUUAUGGAGGAGGUGUGUGUGCGUGUGCGUGUGUGUGUGUGUGUAUGUGUGUGUUUGUGUUUUUCCUGUUUUGUUUCUUAAAAAUGUGCGCGCGAAUG